AUGGUUGGCGCAGACAACAUGACCUCCUUGGUGAAGGGGCCGAAAGAGGCCUACCUCGUCCUGGCAGAGAAAGGACGUCUCAUGGUGCAGGAGUCGUCCCUGAAGUUCUUCGGCCAGUGCGUCAUGGCCGGCUGCUACAUCGGCUUUGGGGCACAUCUUGCUGUCGUCAUCUCCGGGGCAAUGCCGGGCAUCACGGAUGAGAACCCGGGGCUCAAGAAACUGAUCUUCGCCUACCUUUUCCCCGUGAACUUGGUACUCAUCACCUUGACCGGCGGAGUUCUCUACACCGGAACCGCAGUCGCCACACCUGCUGCUUUCUUCGAAAGGAAAGCCUCUUUGGUGGACGUGCUGCGUUGUUUGGUGCUAUCUUGGGUGGGAAAUCUGCUGGGCUCCUUGGUCUUUGCAGGCUUCAUCCUUUGGUGCGAUUUGCUUGACGACCGAUCCCAAGCCAGCUUCCUGUCCAUUGCGGAGAAGAAGACCAGCGCAAGGUUUGAUGUGACCUUCGCUCGAGGUAUCGGCUGCAACUGGAUGGUCAGCAUGGCCGUGCUCCUCUCUGGGCAGGCUCAAGACAUGUUUGGGAAGGUGGUGGCCAUCUAUCUUCCCAUCUCGACCUUUGUGAUGCUGGGAUUCGAGCACACCCCGGCCAAUUUCUACCUGCUAGGACUGACCGUGGAGGCUGGAGAUAUGUCUGUCAUUGACAUCCUCCUCAAGAACUUGUUGCCAACUACCCUGGGCAACCUCGUUGCUGGUGCUAUGGUGGUUGCUGGCAGCUACUCGUACUUCUUCGGCAACUUGGGGAACACCACCAUCAGCGAAGCCAAAGAGCCUUUCCGCCGCUUGCAAGCCAAACGCUCCAUGGGCAUCGAGUCCGUGAUUGAAGACCCAGAGAACCAGCCAGCAGACGAUGAUCCGAAGCGCUACAGUUCUCGACUGUCCUCAUCCUCCACGUGCGCCCCAAGCAUUAGCUCUCGAAUUUCUUUCAUGCCGGAGGGAGAAGAGAGACCUGAUUGUCGCCAAAGUCAACUCUGCGCGAUUGGCCUAGCAGCCUAG